AUAUGGGGUGAGAGGAUGAGAGAGAGAAAGAGAGGAGGAAGAGAAAGAAAAGGACGUCAGGAGUAGUUUGAAUGGGGGAGGAGACUGUUGGUUGCCGGUGUGUGUGUGUGUGUGCCAAAAGAGAGAGAAGCCGCCUGUUACCAGGCAGGGCCGGCCAAUGUCUCAGGGGAAAUGCAGAGGGAGUGCCUCAAAAACAGACGCGAGGGCAAGAAAUGACAGACGCAGACGCACACACAAAACAAAAAAAACUGGGAAACACACGGAGCACAGCGACCUUGCGAGCCACGUGCUGCCCAGAGACAACUACAACAAAAGCAGCGCGCAACAACAGCUUCAGCUCCACCCGCCCAUCGCUUGCCGACCAAUGGUUCCAGCUCCCUGUGUGCACCUGGCAUGACUCCCUGCUGGUUCCGGCUCUCCAUGUUUUGGUCAGGGGUUUAAUGUUUAAGAUCUUCUUCAGCAAAAGGACCCGGGCUCAACUGCAAUUAAGGUGGUUGCGUGGUGUCCGUCCGGUGCUGGAUUAUUAUGCUCCAGCUGGAAGGCACCAAGUGCAGUUUCCUGUUCUGCCUGGGAAUCUGCAUGUUCAUCUGCUCUGUGAUCUACCUGAGUACCAAGGCCCCUACAGAUCCCCAGGCUCAGCACGGGCCCUUGGGCUGCAGGCCCUUCUCCCAGUACUGCCAAGCCUUCCUCCCCAGCACUGAUGGCUCUCCAGCAUGGCAACGCCACGACUGCCAGGUGGAGAGCUAUCUUCUGGGUAUGGGGGGUGGAGGUGGGGACCUGGACUGCUCCCGCCUGGUGAGGGAGCUCCACUUCAUCACCAGCCCGCUGAGUCGUGAGGAGGAAGACUACCCUCUGGCCUUCAUCCUCACCGUCCACAAGGAGCUCGAGCUGCUCGUGCGCCUGCUGAGGGCCAUCUACGCACCCCAGAAUGUCUACUGUAUCCAUGUGGACGUCAAGGCUCCGCAGGAGUACAGUGAAGCCGUGGAUAGCCUGGUGGGCUGCUUCCCCAACGUGUUCCUGGUCAGCCGCAGCGAGAUGGUGACCUACGCCGGCUACUCGCGGCUACAGGCUGACAUCAACUGUAUGAGGGACCUGGUGGCAUCUCCGGUGCCCUGGAGGAAGGUGGUCAACCUGUGCGGCCAGGACUUCCCCGUCAAGAGCAACCUGGAGCUGGUGCGCUACAUGCAGAGCAAGAAGUGGAGGGACAGGAACAUGACCCCGGGCAUCAAGCAGCCGGCGUCCAUGAGGCACCGGACUCAGCUGAGGUACAGGGAGAUCAGGGGCUUCCUUGUGGCCCCCAAGCGAGGAACACCAAAGAAGGGUGCUCCACCCCAUGGGGUGCAGAUUUACUUUGGAACAGCCUACUAUGCGCUAACAAGGACCUUUGUGGAGUUUGUACUGAGAAGUCAGGUGUCCAGGGACUUGCUGGAGUGGUCCAAAGACACAUUCAGCCCAGAUGAGCACUACUGGGUGACACUCAAUCACAUCAAAGAAGCGCCAGGAAGUCAUGUAGACGGAGGUUGGAGCGGCGAGAUCCGGGCAAUAAAAUGGAGGGACCAAGAGGGGAUGGAACACAAUGGAUGCAAAGGUCGUUAUGUCAGGGACAUCUGCAUCUACGGUCUGGAGGAUUUGCAGUGGAUCAUCAACAGAAACAGCAUGUUUGCCAACAAGUUUGAGAGCAAGACAUUCCCAGAUGCUUUGGACUGCCUGGAGCAGUGGCACAGGGAAAAGGUCCUGCAGCAAGCCACGGUUCCCAUUCAGUCAUGGUGGCAACUUGCCACGCAAGGCAACAAAACCGGUCUUUUCAACGCCACAGUGGGACUUUGACGAGUCCGUGGGGUUCCUCCUGACCGGAAUGUACAUCUCCAAUAGACUUGUUGGUUACUGAAUCGCUUUAGAGGGCUGUACUAAAGUGUGCUGCUAGGGUGUGCUGCUUGGUGCGUUCAGCCCAAAUCUUGAGAAUGUCACUGCAUGGAUACGUAAUUAAAAAUUGAAUUCCUCUCCAAUCGUAGGAAACCGAAUGCGAGGUGACCAGAGAAGACUUGUUAUUGACAUAUCUCGGUUGUCCUGAAAUGCUUUUUGAUAAAAAACUUUAAAAACUUGGUGUAUCACUAAAGCCACAUGCCUGAAUAGUUUCUGCAUAUAUUAUGACAACAUUGUGAACAUGUUGUUCCUUUUUUCGGCUGUUUGAGCACACAAUUUUUUUUUAUUGAGACAAAUCAAAGUUCAGUAGCCGUUCAGUAGCCGAAGUCUACGCCCAUUCGUCAGUGAUUGGUCUACAGUACUACUCCUACUAGGAGUGGGAAUAGGGCUGAGCGAUAUGGACAAAAUAUCAUAUUACAAUGUUUUUGACGGUAUUUUUUAAAUUUUUAAUAAAAGUUCUAAAUAUGCUUUAUGAGUAGUUCUAGGAUGGCUUCAGUGGGGGUUCUCUCUAUUUAUACCAUGUAUCAAACUCAUUCCACGGAGGGCCGAGUGUCUGUUGGUUUUUGCUCCUCCAUUGUAUUUGAUUGAUGAAUUGAAAUACUGUUAUAGAAGGUCAAGUAAAAACUCAAACCGGUCUGUGCAUCAAUACUGGUACUGUAUAUAGUAAAAUAGGGUAUACCGCCCAGCCCUAAGCGAGAAGUAUGGACUGGAUUCUUCAAUCACGUGUUUGUUGUCAUUCAACGAGAGAGGACUAGUUUUCAUGCACAUUUUUUCUCUUGAGAAAUACUGCACCAAACAUCUUAGAUGUAAAAUUGCAUAACUAAGACAACCUCUGCAAAAAUGUCAACAUUUAUUACAGAUUUCUUGAUUAAUCUUACAUUAAUUUGGGAUAUUUUGAGGAAGUGUACUGGCUAUGUUGUUGCUAGGGUGGCUCAAGAGGGACAAAUAUUCAUUUUUGUAAUAUUGCCACUUUAUUUCUAGACGAGUUCUGCUUGGAGCAAACCAAACCUCGAACUAUGUAUAAUGACGCCUUAAGGGGCACAUUGGUUGAGAGGAUGACGCAACCAUAAUCAGUAAGGAAUUCAUAAGUCCCCCCCGCUGCACCACACAAGGCCCUUCAGAGACAUGUGGUGCACUUUGACAACAGACCCAAAUAAGCCACUGUACCAAAGGGAUUCAGUAAACUUUACAGGCGAGACCAAUACACAACUCUCUGAACAUGGUGGCUUGGAUGUGUGGCAACAACUUGGAAAUGUAUUGCCAUUUCAAAAACGAAAAAAAAUAUAUGUUUUUUGUUACACUGGAUUACAUGUUAAGAACAAUCUAUUUAAAGUAAGCUAUUAUAUUUGUCCUGCUUAAAAAGCUGAAUGUCUCCCUGUGUCUGUUGGAAAGCAGACUGAAUCAAGUUCUCCUCUAGGAUUUUGCCGGUGCUUAGCUCUAUUCUGUUUACCCCCCCCCAAGAACCUCCCUAGUCCUUGCCAAGCAUACCCAUAACAUGAUGCAGCCACCACCAUUGAAAAUAUGAAGCGUGGUACACAGUGAUGUGUUGGAUUUGCCCCAAACAUUUUUUAUUCAGGACAUAAAUGUUAUUUUCUUUGCCACAUUUUUUGCAGUUUUAUUUGAGUACCUUAUUGUAAACAAGAUGCAUAUUUUUGAAUAUUUAUAUUUAUUCUGUACAGUCUUACUUCUUUUCACUCUGUCAUUUCAGUUAGUAUUGUGGAGUAAC